AUGUUAUCGUUGCACACAUAUCAAAUGGCAUUCCCCAACCCGCAUCCGUACGACGAGUCUCUGUACUCUCAGCAACAACCUCAAUUUCAAGGCCCUCAAGUUCAAGGAUACCCUCAACACGAGUCGCCAAGCGCGACGUCGCCCGGCGGCGCGAGCAGCAGCAGUGCCAGUACGCCGAUGGCGUAUCAGGGCCAGUGGGAGUUUGCAUCUGUGGCCCCAAUACCCACUGUGCCAUCUCAGCCUACCUUGCAUCCCGCUAUAUUCUCACCCCAUGAGACUUAUGGUGCCGCGGACUUUGCGCCUCCGCCGGGUCCACCUCCACUUCCAGCUCCUGUAGCCGAGAUGCAGCACCAUUCUCCGGCACCUCCAGCAGUGAUUAGGCUUGAGGAGAAGCAGCCUUUGAUUCCCAACGAGAUUCUUACGCGUUCACGUGCUCGUGAUGAAGCGCGACAGCAAGCCGCCUCUGGAUCUGGCUCGGGGUCGCCCGGCGGUGGUACUGGCGGGGUGAGCAGAUCUACGCGCGCUCAUGAGCGUCCGUCUCCAUAUACCCGUCCGCAGCCAUCAGGCUCGGGCUCGGGUCAGCGGAAGGGCAAACGUGCUGCUGGUGGUGAUAGCAGCCGCCCGUCGACAUCCGCCCGUCGGAUGAGCGGGUCGCCCAUGAAUUUCUCGCCUGAGGAAGUAGCCGAGUCUUCUGCGAGCGUGGGCGGUUCACAUUCUGCUGUUGGCGGUGGUGAUUUGUCGCCUGUGGUCGGUGGAAGUGUUGGGCAGCCUGGGAUUGCGGGGAUGAGUCCUCCCGCGAUCGUCCCAAGCAUGUCGCGCACCUCAGCUCCUCGCGUAUCUUCGCCCCUCGCACGUGUGCCUCCCUUGUCCAUCGGUGAAGCGGUCCAGCCCAAGGUUUACAGCAUUCGCGGCGACAUCCUCUGGAACGAAGAAGACGAGAUGCUCGAGCUUGAGUUUGAAAUGCCCGGCGUCAAGAUGGCCGACCUCGACAUCUCGCUUGUGCGCGAACCCUACUCCCAAGCCGUGCAACUCGUCAUUCAAGGCCGCACCUCGCCUCGUUUGACAAACUCACCCGGAAAGCGCGCGCAACUCAGGCGGGAACGCAACUACGGUCCCUUCCGUCGCGCCAUCAUGGUGCCUCCUACUACCACGGCCGACAAUGUAAAAGCUAUUUUGGAUGACGGUGUCUUGACCGUUCGUGUGCCCCUUCCCAUGUCCGGCGUGCCUCAAGAACCUCCUCAAGCCGUCCAGCUCCAGCAUUGA